AUGGCGGUGCUCAACAACUACCAGAUCAACGUGGGCUCGCCCUUCUCCGGCACCUCCCUCCACUUCCACUACAUGGCGGUGAGCGCAUUGCUGCACGGCCGGAAGCGGUGGUUCCUAUACCCUCCUGCCGACGCAUCGUACAGCAACGCCCACUUCUUUGAUGACUUUGAGCCUGCGCGCCGCGGUCAGCUCGGCCGCCAGCUGGAGUGCACGCAACAGGCUGGCGACGUCUUGUUUGUGCCCAGCCUCUGGGCGCACGGCGUGCUCUACGAGGAGAACUCGGUCUCGGUCUCCUUUCUAUACAGUGAUAGCCAGAGUUCAGGCGGGACAUAG